AUGGAGGCCGAACAUCUUACCAUUCGCAAUCUUACGUCCACUCCAAUCACAUUGAAGCAUAUCGAACGCUUCCAUGCGCCUGGGAGAUCUUUUGACGAUGUCCAUACCUUUGCCAGGAAUUUCACACGGGUUUUGACCAAUGUUACACGCGCGGAUACGCCAGUUGCAGCGUUGACCGAUGAUACCCAGCCUUUUGUUCAAGAAGAUGUUGAUAUCCAUGUUGCACCUUUUGAGUCGGUCCAGACCGAGCUUCCCCCGUUUAUUGAUUCGAAAAAGGAGCGAAUGCGCUGGGUCUUCGAGGUGGAAGGGGAACGGCAUCAAAUUCAGACCCCAGUCCCGACUACUGAAACUGCUACUAUGAAAGCGCUGUGCGAUGACCCUAAGUUCAAGUUGACCGGAAUUUACGUGACAGCAGCAUCCCACCUCACUCUAUACUCUUCAGCCAAUUUGAAUGCCUGGAUGGGCGAGCUAAAGGAUGACACACUGCUUUCCUCUCUUUCGAUUCCAGGCACGCACAACUCCCCAACCUGCCAUGUUGCGGCACCGUCUGUUCGGUGCCAAGCAGUCAGCCCUCAGGAACAGCUCAGGAACGGUGUUCGAUUCUUCGAUAUCCGAGUGCAGCCUCAAUAUCCAGAAGACCCCGAAAAAGAUGAACUUGUCCUUGUGCACAGCGUCUUCCCCAUCUCUUUAACCGGCAACAAAUACUUCCGCGAGUUGAUGCGUGAAGUUGACGAGUUCCUCGAGAACAACCCCUCAGAAACACUUAUCAUCUCCCUCAAACGCGAAGGCCCAGGAAACCAUACCGAUGAACAGUUGAGUAGGAUCAUCAACGACCAUUACGCACAUUCAGAAAGCAGGUGGUACACAGAGCCCAAGAUCCCCACCCUAGGUGAAGUACGCGGAAAGGUCGUUCUCGUGCGUCGGUUCAACAUCCUGGACGACCUGAAAGAAAUGCAUGACGGAAAGGGGUGGUGCAUCGAUGCCAGUGGUUGGGCGGAUAAUUGCUCUGAAGCCACCUGUCCCAGCGGACAGCUCUGCAUUCAAGAUUUCUACGAGGUCAUGGAAACCAAGAACAUCGACAAGAAGAUCCAGUAUGUGCGGGAGCAAUGUGAACGCGCAGGCCGGACUCAAUACCCGUUCGGUGUGCUUCCAGAUCCUCUAGCAACACAAGCACAUCCCUUCUAUGUCAAUUUCCUGAGCGCCAGCAACUUCUGGAAAAUGGGAACUUGGCCCGAGAAGAUCGCAGCCAAGCUGAAUCCCGCCACCGUGGAGCAUCUAUGCAGGAUGCACGGAGAAGGUGACGGGGACUGGUCCACUGGUAUCCUUGUUACAGACUGGGUGGGCUUAGAUGGUGAUUGGGAUCUUGUUCGAUGCAUCGUGGGUAUGAAUGCCCGGCUUCUGUGGAGACAGUUGCAGGAUGACGAGCAACACAGUGACAGCGAUUAG